AUGUACUCGUCGCAAAGUCAAGUGCUCAAAAACAGUACCAUAGGCGAGCAGGAUUCCUGUUCGUCCGAGCUUACCACGCCGCUGCGGUCCCAGUCCCAGCGUGCACAUCCCAUCGACACGCCUCGUGCAACGGCAGCCGACCAGCAAGAAGUGAACGCUCUUCGCUCGCGGAUAUUCGAGUUAGAGUCGGAGCUUCAACAUAGGCGACUGUCAUCCGAAGACAAUCGAGGAGAUUCCCGACAACAGCCAACUCCGGAUAGAGUGGAAGCCAAUGCCAACUCAUUUGCAUAUGGCCAAACUCCUGCCUCUGAGAGAGUGGAAGAGGAGAGGCAGCAGGACGACCCUUCCGACCCAGUCAUAAAAGACGCAGCGUCGAUCCUUGAGUUUUUGGCAUGGGGGAGGAGGAAGAAUCCGGACUACAACUCGGUGAUAUCUCCAGAGGCGAGCGCGGACGUUGGACCCUCAUCUCGGGAUAUUGGCGAUACUCAGCCCGCGUCUUCAUUGCCAUCUGACAACGACAACGAAGCACAGCUGGCAGUCUUGCAACUGUUGCUCCCAGAAAAGAAGCAGGUCUUGGAGCUUGUCCGCUACCACGAAGAGAAACUCCUCUGGUACCACUGCUCCUAUUUCGCUCCGACGUUUCGAAAUCAGGUGAACGUGUUCUACGAUCGCUUCGAUGGCAGCGUUCAGAGCCCGGGACUCAACCUGCAGUGGCUUGCCCUGUUCUUUGCAGUGAUUACCGGCAGCAUAACUUGCGCAUCGAGCCAGCAGACGGCGACAUGGGGCUUCCGGCUCCGCGAGAGGGAAACUCUUUCUAAGAGGUGGUUUCGUGCUGUAUAUACGUGCUUAAAUGCGGCUGAAUAUGCGGCAAACCAAUCUGUGCUGUCUGUCCAAGCCGUUUCUACACUGACCAUUUCUGCCCACCUACUCGGCUUCUCGAACACGCACUCGACACAUCUUGCCACUGUUAUUCGUAUAGCCCAAGGUCUUGGCCUGCAUCGCAUCACAGAUCAGUCUCCCGGAUCUGCGGUGGAUAAGGAGUGCGGACGUCGGCUGUGGUCUCAGCUCUGCUGUCAGGACUGGUUCAGCAUUCCAUUCUCCGAUACCUAUCUUAUCAAUCCUUCUUACUCGAUCUCGGAUCCUCCGAUGAACUGUCACGAUAAGGACAUGAUUCAGCUUCCAGAAUCUGAGCCCACAAUCACCACCUACUGCCGACUUCUGACUCGCAUCGCCUCUAUCAUGCCUCAGCUGCAAGAUGAUCUUACUUCGUGCAACACGCCGUUUACGAAGUAUGAACAAAUAAUAAAGUGGGACAAGCAGAUGCGAAUCUUCUCAACUGAAAGACCGGCCUUUCUCCAAAAUGUUCCGAUCGACCCUGGGUGGCCCUGUUACAUUCCUUGGGCGAGGCGAUCACUUGCUAUAACUUCCGCUCACAAGAUCAUCAUGAUUCACCGGUCAUUCCUCUCCGACAGUUUCACGAACUCCGCGUUUUCGUUCACGCGCAGAACAUGCCUAGCAGCAGCAAAAACCAUCAUCAAGGAAUACAAAUUAGCCGUCAAUGAAGACGAGCCAACAUUUUGGGUACAUCAGGCGUUCUCUGUUGCCGCGUCAAUAAUCCUCAUCUUGGAUGUAUUACAUCGCAGUCCGGCAGAGUUUGAAUACGCCGAACACAAGCAACUUGCUGAAGAUACCGUGGCGAUCUUGCGACAAUGUCAGAACAGCAUGAUCGCCACAAGAGGAAUAGAACUCCUAUCUGCACUUUUCGACGAGAUUCCUAACGUAGGUGAUAGCUCGAACAGUCGCAAGCGGCGACACGAAGAUUCCCAAUCACAACUUGACGCUGUUGAAGACUUCAGGAAACGUGGCCGGCGUUUCAGCGUUUCUACAUUUAUCAAAACGUUUUGCAAUGGAAAGAGACAGAAUUAUUUGACGGCUCUCAGUAACACCCCUAAAGACUAUUCAGGUUAUCUUUCGGCCUCUGCUAACUCAGAAGUGGCACUUAUGGCGUCAGAAAUGGGCUUGAUUACGGCUGGCUCCCUUGAUUUACGCCCAGGCCAGCAUCCGGCUAACGACGCUUCAUUUUUUCCACCCGGUCUCGAAGCAGCUACAGCCUUUGAUAAUCUGCUGUUCUUAGCUAAUCAUGACUUUUCAUGAGAACACCAAUGACAAGAUAUCAAGAUUAACUCUCCGACGUGAUGAAUACCAUCAUUGAUGCGUUGCCAAAACGU